AUGACCUCACUUCGAACACAGUUGGUCUUAGGGCUUUUCUCACUGCUUUGGGUGCGGCCUGUUGUGGAAGCAGUGGAAGCUGUAGCUGCCCUUGUGCUCUUGUCAGGGGUGGUCCUCAGCAUCACAGGCAUUUGCGCUUGCUUAGGUGUACGUGCACAAGAGAGAAAUGGACAGCUAGGACUCUGA